AUGGCUGAUUUACAGAUGGAAUGCUGGGUUGCCGAGAAGCUGGGUGUCGGUAACUGCCACCUGGUACGGGAGAUGAAAAAGAAGCGCGAGGACCUGCUGGUGGGACUUGCGAAGGCGCAACGGUCCCACGACGUACCGGCGGAGAUCCCGUCCAAGCUUCACGUGGGCCAGGUCCGCGGCGAGGACGAGUCGGCGCUGAGAGUAAAGAGACAUGCGGAGGACCACGAUGCUGAUGAGAUGGCGGCCUUGGUCCCUGAUAAGGUCCCGAUGGUGGUUGCGGAAGUGGGCUUGCACCGUGGUUUUUCGGUUGAGUAG